UCGUGCAGAUCAGGCCGAACAAGAGUCACCCGACUGCUAAAACGACGACGACAUCGAGACCGGGUUCGUGGUCGCGCUAUUGAACUUGACAGUGACGAUGGCAUCGCGAGGACUCCUCUGCACCUCCGUGUUCGCGCUCUUCGUGGCUCUCUUGGCGGCUGCCGUGCCAGCAGCGGCCGUAAGAGACUCAUCGUGUCCUAGGAUAUGUACCCAAAAUGCUUAUGGGGAUCCUGUAUGUGGCAGCGAUGGCAUUAUAUAUCCUAAUAUCUGCGAACUGAAGAAGAAAACUUGUGGAAAAGGAAUUACAUUAUCGGCGGACCCCAGCCCCUGCCAGCGUCCGUCCGGCUCCAAAUGCGAACACAAAUGUGGAGGGGAAAAGGAUCUAGUGUGCGGGACCGACGGAAGAACAUACCUCAACAAAUGUAUGCUUCAAGUGGAAAUCUGCAGGUUGGGAAUAGCACUCUCACAUUUGGGACCAUGCAACAAUAUCAGUGCCCACAGGGAGAAUUGUCCGGUAGACUGCAAGCAGGCUCCACAAGAUGGACCUAUCUGUGGCAGUGAUGGCAACGUUUACAAGAACACCUGUCAGAUGAAACUGUUAACCUGUGGGCAGGGGGUCGUGAGAACAAAUAAGAAGUACUGCCAAACUACGCGGCACUGCAGAGAAUCGUGCUGGAGGAAUGCCAAACCCGCAUGCGGCUCCGAUGGAAAAGUAUACACCAACGUCUGCAGAAUGAAGUCUAAAAACUGUGGGAAACACGUUUUCGAGGUACCAAUGGCAUAUUGCAUGGGUCAAGAAAGGACCUCUCACAGCAUAGGAUGUCCAAACAGUUGUGCCAACGAGAUAGAAAAACCCACCUGCGGCUCAGAUGGUUACAUCUACAGGAGCGAAUGUGAACUAAAACUGCUUAACUGUGGAUCUGCCAGGCGCGUCAGCAAGGUAGACUUCGAAAAAUGCCGCAACAAGCUGACCAAGUGCUUGAAAAUCAAAUGUUCCACCGACUUCGACCCAGUAUGCGGAACCGAUGCUAGAACAUACACCAACCAGUGUCAACUGAAUUUAGCCACAUGCCUCAAGGGUGUUCAAUUCGCGCACAUUGGAAACUGCACCAAACUGAAGGAAGAAGAGCCUUGUCCAGCGGACUGUGAAAACGAGGCUGAUGAUGAGCCAGUUUGUGGCUCUGACGGCAACGUCUACAGAUCAAACUGUCACAUGAGGAAAGACACCUGUGGACAACUUGUGAUCCAGGUACCCCUCCACCAUUGCAGAACGACUGCUCUUUGUAACGAAAAAUGCACGGAAGACAGGAACUUCGUAUGCGGCUCUGACAACAAGAUUUACCGAUCGGAAUGCGAAAUGAAAAGGGACAACUGCGGGAAGCAUAUAUUCGUGGUGCCUAUGAAGCGCUGCAUAUCCGGAUUCCAAUUCAAAGGAUGUCAGCGAAUAUGCCCCACAUACUACGACCCAGUCUGCGGCACCGACAAUAAGACGUACAGCAACAGCUGCUUCUUGGAAAUGGAGAACUGCAGGUCCAGAUCGCUGGUCACCAAGAAGCAUAUGGGGACGUGCGCGGAACCAGUAAACGAUGUCCCUAAAAACUAUCUGUAUUAAUGUGAAAGUUGCUUUUCCAUAUUAUUCCAGCGAGGAAUUGUUAGGCAGACAGAAGUCAAAUGUUUUAGUUUAUAAGCUAGUCCAUUAGAAUCGUUAUUUUGGUUUACAUGUUGAAAGAUGGCAGAUAAAGCAGCAAAAACUUUUUCUGGUGUAACAGAUUUUCUCACAAAAGAUUCUUUUCCUAGGAAAUGUAAAAAAACUAAAGGCGAAACGAUAGAAAUUGGUUUAUAAAAUAAUGAAUUUCUAAAAUUCGUUUACUUAGCAGUACAGCGCGAAAAAAUAAUAUUAUAAGCAGAAAAUUAAUAGUUAGGUAAGAUCUGAUGACAAUAAUGUAAAAUCUUGGACAAUACACAUAUUAUUUAAUAUUUCAUUAUAAAGAUUUUGUUACUUCUUACAUGCAGUAUGAUGUUUUCGUCAAAAAACAUAAUCAGUAAUAAUUAUUAGCUACCUACUGUUUAUGUGAGUAUUACUUGUGACAUAAAUGUACUAUUAACUAUAUAAUAAAUAUACGAAAUAAAUGUUCCUAAAACAGGUCCAUUAAAAAUUGUGCCAAUUUGCCCAAUUUAGUGUAAUACUUAUAGUUUUAUAUUCCACAGGUGUAUUACAUAUUAUUUAUUAAAAACUAUAUGAAGCAUUAAAAUAGAUGAGCUGUGUUUUUAUUUAUAAGUACGUAUUAUUUUCAU